GUGGACUCUUGACUUCACACCACCAACGACACCACAUUCUGUCACUUCCCAGUCAACGUCCAUUCCAUUCAAACAACAUCCAUAUAACCUCAACAAUGGCUCAAAAAGCGCGCAAAGACCGGGCCAAGUCCAACGAGACCACGCUCAAGAACCUCCACAUCGGCUCCCUCACCGUCAACGGCAUCUUCCUGCUCUCUCACUUCCUCUUCCGGUCGCGCUCCCUUCUGUUCUGGUUCAUCCUCUCCAUCCCGAGCUUCCUCUGCCAGUACACGCUCGAGAAGACGGGCCGGCCCAGCUAUGACCCGUCCACCAAGGCUCUCAAGGCCUCCGGCGAGGACCUCGCCGCCCCUGGCCUGACCGAGUACAUGUUCGACGUCGUCUGGGUCACCUGGGCGGCUGCCGUUCUCGUCACCCUUUUCGGCAACUGGGCCUGGAUUUUCUGGACCAUUGUCCCUGCUUAUGGCGUCUACAAGGGCUUUGGCCUGAUGGGUGCCGCCAAGUCGAUGGCUGGGUUGGGCGGUAUGGGCGCCGGCGGUGAUGCCGGUGCUGGUGCUGGUGCGGUUCCUGCGGGCAACAGGAAGCAGAGACGUGCUGCUGCUUAAAGUGAGAAAGCUUUACUGUGGUGGUGUUGCAUCUGUUCUAUCCGUUUUGCGCUGUCUAUCUAUCUCUAUUGUACCUGGUCCCAACCAGAUCGCCGCCAUUGCCGACUACAUACCACCUCAGUUACCUACGCCUUAUGCCACUCCUGCUCC